CGUCGCUGCUGCUGCUGUUUCUGUUGUUUUUCUGUGCCGAUCUCCUGAUAUAAUGGCCUCCGAUGGUAUGGAUGAACGCUCCCCGCUGUUGUCGGCACCGAACUCGGGGAACGUCACGCCCACCGCUCCGCCGUACCAGCAGGACCCGAGCUCGAGAGCUGAAUUACCUCCGCCCUACACAGCCAUUGCCAGUCCAGAUGCAGGAGGAGUGCCAGUCAUCAACUGUCGAGUGUGCCAGUCUCUUAUAACUCUGGAUGGCAAACUCCAUCAGCAUGUGGUGAAGUGCACCGUCUGUAAUGAGGCCACGCCUAUAAAGAAUCCACCAACAGGAAAGAAGUAUGUUAGAUGUCCUUGCAACUGCCUGCUAAUCUGUAAAGACACGUCUAGGAGGAUAGGAUGCCCUCGACCCAACUGCAGACGCAUCAUCAACCUGAGCCCAGUGAUGGUGAUCCCGGAGGAGCAGCCGGCUCAGCCAGCUCUACCCGUCCAGCCGGAGGGCAUGCGUGUGGUCUGCGGCCACUGCGGAAACACAUUCCUUUGGAUGGAGCUUCGAUUUAAUACCCUGGCUAAGUGCCCACAUUGCAAAAAAAUAUCCUCUGUAGGCAGUGCUUUACCCAGAAGACGCUGCUGUGCCUACAUUACAGUAGGAAUGAUCUGCAUUUUCAUCGGUAUUGGUUUAACAGUUGGCACUCAGGACUUCGCCAGGCGUUAUCAUGCUACAUAUGUUUCCUGGGCCUUCGCAUACCUGCUGGGUCUCAUCUGUCUGGUCCGGGCCUGCUAUUGGGGAGCCAUUAAAGUCAGCUAUCCUGAAAACACCUUUGCAUAG